UCCGGCUCGGGCUCGGGCUACUUUGAGCAGGAGCUGGGGCUGGAGACAGCCAUGAGCCUCCCCACGGACACGGCAGUGCCGCCGCCCACCACGGCGGCCGCGCUGCCCGUCACCGCCGUGCAGCCCGUGGCCACCCCCUUGGAGCCAUCCCCCGCCCAGGACACCACCCCCGGGCAGACCACGAGCGUCCUCUACAUCUCCAGGACCACAGACACACCCGUGAUCCCCAGCUGGAAAGCCACCACCACCACCACCAGCCCCACUCCCAGCACCCCCCCGACCACCACGGCGACCACCACGACCACCACGGCAGCCACCACGACCACCCCCCAGGCCACAACCACCACCAGCACCACCGUGGCCACAGCCAAGCCCACCACCACCACCACCACCACCACCACCAGGAGGUUCCUGCCCCCCUUUGCCACCAAGGCAGCCACCACCCGGGCCACCACCCUGGAGACUCCCACCACGGUCGUCCCCGAGACCAGCACGCCCACGGAGGUGGCCACGUCACGCCUUGUCCCCACCAGCACAGCCAAGCCCAGGUCCCUGCCCAAACCCACCAGCUCCAGGACUGCAGAGCUCACAGAAAAAAGCACGGCCUUGCCACCCGCUCCUGCCACGCUGCCGCCCACGGAAGCCCCCCAGAUGGAGCCGGGGGAGGUGACGACAGCCCUGGACAACGAGCUGGAGGUCCCAGUGAGCAGCGGCCCCAGCGGGGACUUUGAGAUCCGGGAGGAGGAGGAGACGACCCGUCCCGACCUCGGGAACGAGGUGAUGGCCGUGGUGACACCCCCGGCGGGACCCGGGCCCGGCAGGAACGCGGACACGGGGCUGCUGGACAACACGAUAGACUCGGGCAACUCCGCGGCACAGCUGCCCCAGAAAAACAUCCUGGAGAGGAAAGAGGUGUUGAUAGCCGUGAUCGUGGGCGGCGUGGUGGGAGCUCUCUUCGCCGCCUUCCUGGUCAUGCUGCUCAUCUACCGGAUGAAGAAGAAGGACGAGGGCAGUUACACCCUGGAGGAGCCCAAACAAGCCAACGUGACCUACCAGAAGCCCGACAAGCAGGAGGAGUUCUACGCGUAGAAGGAGAGCCGGCGUGCCUCGCCCUCCCUCCCCGCUCCAAACUCGCCCUCCUCCUCUACUUCAUCCAGUCUCUUCUCUUUCCCCCUCUCUUUCCCUUUCUUUUUUUUUUUCCUUUGGAUCAGACUGUGAGUUUGAAAAAGCAAAAACCUGCAACAGCUGAAGGAGCAAACACAUCUUUGGCGUGAUGAGACGUCGGGUGCCCGGAGCAUCGCCGAGCUCGGAGCGAGCCCCGCCGGCCUUCCCGCUGCUGGGAUGGACAGGGCAAGGAGCCAAUGCCAAAGAGGCCGUGCCCAGGAGCACCCUGGAGAGCACAGGGUGGGGUGGUCAGGCUGCCCACAGUGACUGGAGGUCAAGUGGACUUUUCCCAGCACAACGGACUCUGGGAUCCGGACACCUUCUCCCAGUCCUGGGGCGCAGGGGGCUUGGUUUGGAUUUAUCUUCCUUGGUUUUUUUCCAUUCGUAAAGGAGGGAGGUUUCUUUCCCUCUGUCUUGCUUUUAUUUUUUUUUGUUUGCUUUUUGAACGGGGUUGGUUGCUUUGCAGGAAUUCCCUUGCUCCCUGCUCCUCUUGGAAGAGAGGACACAACUCCCAGACAUGCUUGGAACCUUGGAAAAAAGCACAAGGGGCUGGAAUACCUGGCUGCCCCGGGGUUUGCUCUUGGCAAAAUAAGAAAUAAAUACAAAUGUGGCCAGUAGGCUGGGAAUGAUCUCUUUGGAUCAACUUUUCAGAGAGUUUGUGGAGCAGCAAGAAGCGGCACCGGGGGCAUCUCCUGCUGCUCCUGCCACCACCCUCCUGCCACCACCCUCCUGCCACCACCUCCCUGGAACAGCCAGAGACCUUCAACCUCCUGAACCUGCCGAGGGCUUUGGUAGAGAAGGGACUUUGCUUAGGCUGGGGUUUCACUGUGACCAACAAAACUGGGCUUGCAAGAGUGCUGGUUUUGGAACAGAGCUCGGUGGGGAGCUGGCGAGGGGUGGAGACGGAUAUGGAGAAGCUCAAUCCUCUCCCAGGUUCCUCCAGAGUGGAUAACAAAGGUGGGAGAGGCAGCAUGAGGAAGGAGAUGCCAAGGAGAGGUGACACUGUCCCCUUGGGGGUCAGGGAGGGAUCCCUGGAGGCACCCAGAAGGUGAGGAAGAUGAGGCAGAGGUUGGCUGCUACACAUCACUGGAAAGCCCCAGGACUGAUGGAUUGUGUUCCUUGUGUUGUUCCUUAAAUCCCAGUAUAACCCCCGGGGCACCAGGAGCCUGAUGGCAUCUGAUGGCAUCUGAUCCCUGGAAUCCAGCAGCACCCAAGAGCUGGUUUCCCCUCUGAGGGUGCAGAGCAGCAGGGCCUCUUCCAGAUCCAACUGUGCCUUACAGAAAGGCUGGAUUUUCAGGAGCGAGCUCUGCACAGGGAAGUCAAUUAGUUACUUCAAUGAGCUGGCUUUUAAUUAGCUGAAGCGCCGCUCGGGAUGCAGUCAAGGAGUUCUGUUUUCACGAUGGUUGUGAUCUCGAUGGUGUCCCAUGGAGACCUUGGCUUUGCUCUUAGUGCAAUUUAAACAGGAAAACGGGGCGAAAAAUGAGCUGCUUUGACUCUUUUGUGUGUUGUGAAUUAACCUGCUCGGGGCCAGUGACACUCUGUCCCCCGAGGGUGUCGGUGGACAUGGGGUUUUAUGGCCUUGGUGGAGGGUGUGAGACAGCAGAGCUUCUUUGGGGAAGGGAUUUGAGAGGCCAAAUGCAUAUUUUAAAUAUAUAUAUAUAUAUACACACGCACACUCACAUACAUACACAGUUAUAUAUAUGAAAUCCCUGUACAUUUUCAUUGCACUGCAUGGGAUGGUUGGAUGGGAUUUGUGGGUGGGCAAAUGGGAGGGUUGGGCUACACUCCCUUGGGGUGUGACCCAAAAUGACAGCCUGGCUUUACUUCAGGGUAGGGAACAGAGCCCUGUGCAUGGAUCAGCUCUAAAAUGCCCAAUUUAGAGCUGCCAGCCUCAAAAUCAGCGUAGGUUUAGGUUCUUGGGAGUUUGGAAAUGAUCCCGUUGGAUGCCUUGGAUGGUGGUGCUGGAAGGCAGAUGGUGUUGAGUGUGUGUGUGACCAUUCCUUGGCUCCAUCCUUGGGCAUUCCUUGGGCUGUGGAGGAUGAGGAGGGAAGGAGGGUCCACACAGCUGAAGAGGCUGGUGCCACCCUGGGGGCAAAAGCCACUUUUUCCUGUUCAAAGGGGAGUUUCAACUCAGUAAUUGGAUGGUUUGGGGAGAUUUUUGGUCCUUUUGGGUCCACCCAAGGGGCCCAAGCAGCGGGCAGUGGUAGAAAUCAAGCCUCUUCAUGAUUUAAUGAGUUGGGCUUGGCAUCAAGGCCACCCAAACCCACCAUCUUUUGGAAAAACGUGGAAUUAAUCCUUUGAGCUUGCAUUAAAGAAAAAAAAACCUCUCCCAGCUUAAUCUAUUUAAUGCUGCUUUUCUUAGCUGCUUCCCUAAUCUUCUUCAUUCCUUUUUUUUCCCCCCUAUUUAAUAGUCUGAAGUUCCAUAAUACAAUUUUUUUAUUCGCUCAAGCUUAACCUCGGCUCUCUCAGCUGGUGUUAAGUUGUAAUCCUGGCACUUAAAUCCGUCACAGUUUGCCAAGUGAGGGAGGCUGGAAGUGGGAGGGGGGGAGAGGAGCCAGGGCAGGACCUUUCCUUUGCAGUAAUUAAAAGUAGGAGAUGAGCACGUG